AUUUGGAUUUGGAUUUGGAUUUGAACUCCAUAGAACAGAACAGGUGCUAUGAAGAUGAAGGUUUGAAGCCUGAAGUAUCUGUUGGGGAAUAUGGAAGUUUGCCCACCCCUUAAUUCUAAUGUUGGCUUAAAACAUCGCCCUUUGACUCCUUUUAGGGUUUUUAGGGGUUUGAUAUGUUUAGUGAUUCUUCUUUUAACUGCGUUUAUGUUCUUAGUGUAUUUUGCUCCUAUUGUUGUAUUUUUGUUACGCUUUUUCAGCAUUCAUUCAAGUAGGAAAGCAAUAUAUUUCCUUCUUGGAUUUUGGCUAUCUUUAUGGCCGUACUUAUUUGAAAAGAUAAAUAAAACUAAAGUUGUCUUUUCUGGAGAAACUGUUCCAACAAGGGAACGUGUUUUACUUAUUGCCAACCACAGAACUGAGGUUGAUUGGAUGUAUUUAUGGAAUCUUGCUUUGCGGAAGGGGUGCUUGGGCUGCAUCAAAUAUGUCCUUAAGAGCACUUUGAUGAAACUACCUAUCUUUGGCUGGGGUUUUCAUGUUUUGGAGUUCAUCCCAGUGCAGAGAAAGUGGGAAAUUGAUGAGCCAAUUAUGCACCAAAUGCUUUCAAGUUUUGCUAAUCCUUCGGAACCCUUGUGGCUUGCUGUUUUCCCAGAGGGAACUGAUUUUAACGAACAGAAGUGCAAAAAGAGUCAAAAGUUAGCGGCUGAAAAUGGAUUACCUGUAUUGAAGAAUGUUUUGCUUCCUAAAACAAAGGGUUUCUAUACUUGCUUGGAAAUUCUGAGGGGCUCCUUGGAUGCAGUUUAUGACAUCACUAUUGCAUACAAGCAUCAGUGCCCUUCUUUUGUGGACAAUCUAUUUGGUUUGGAUCCUUCGGAAGUUCACAUUCAUGUUCGUCGUAUCCCUAUUACGGAGAUGCCAGCAUCUGAAAGUGAGACUACUACUUGGUUGAUGAAUACAUUCCAGCUCAAAGAUCAGAUGCUGUCAGAUUUCAGUGAUCAUGGUCAUUUCCCCAAUGAAGGAACAGAAGGAGAUCUUUCACCGUUGAAUGGCUUGGUAAAUUUCACACUAGUUGUUGCUUUGGCAGGCAUAUUUGUGUUUCUUACUUUUUUCUCAACUAUUUGGUUUAGAAUAUACGUAGGUUUAUCUUGUGCAUACCUUACUUCUGCCACAUAUCUCAAUUUCCAACCAUUUCCAGUUCUAGGAUUUGUUAAACCAAUGUUUUGUAGUGAAAAAACCAAGAAGUUAUAAUUUGUCCUGAAACCCUUUUAAAUGACAGACAAUAAAUUUUAUCUCAUUGGCUUGAUUGCUCAAUCUUUAGCCUUGAGUGUUUCUCUAGUAUUGCCUGUCCUGUGGGCGAAUGUUAUGUUGAAAUUUCUAGCA